AUGCCGACGCGGAAGCUAAUCCCCAAGCCCUAUGAAGAACAAAGCUUGACAUUAUGCCGGUCAGAUAUAUAUGGAUUCUCCGCUGGGCCGCCAGGAGAACCGCAGAACACGCCCGCCAAGUUGUCCCGCACACGGGAGCAGCUUCCCUGGCCCGUGCUCCACGCUCAACUCAUCCUGAAAAUGACUCUCGAGCGUAGGCUCGUUAACCAGCCUCUAAUAGAUAGGAAGAAAGAGUCGUUCCUCUCGAUAGACCUCGAGCGGCAGAUCAACAAACUCCAGACGCACCCGCUGGAGGAUCACCGAAGCGCAGUCCUGGGCAAUGAAAUCGAGUAA